CUGUCGUCUCUCACCGAGAGCGCUCACCGGGCUGCCUGUUCGCUCCUUUUGGCUUCUUUUGGCUCACUUGCACUAUACCACGCUUUGAAUGGUUACCAGUACACCACGCACCAUGAUACGACUGAAUGCUUCGGAACUUACCCUGACGCCCGCCGAUGUCGACGAGACUCGUCGACGCAUGGAACGCAGGCAAGCUGCAAAUCUCCCUGCAACCCUACCAGCGCGCUUUCACAGCCCCUAUCCACCUACCUUCCGAGCCCGCUUGAAGCGCGGGCCGGUACGAGCUCGCGAUGAAUCCAUUACCACUCUCGGUGACAUACCGAUCCUGAGACCCCAGCGAGCCGUGCACUCGUCCGUCGGUGAUCCUGGAGACCUUCGACAUCGUCUCGCCCGGAGCAGCGAAGCUGUGUCAAGUGGGUUGCCGCCUUCUCCUUUUCUAGGUGCCCAGGCGGCCCUGGACCCAAAUGCUGCAACGGCGCGGCUCACGGUGCCACUUUCCGACAGUGAACUGCGACUUCCUUUCAGACCUGCUCAUCAAGAUCGAGAUCCAAGUCUUGUUGCAUCACAAGGGGACACCAGCGAGGGAACUCCCUCUCCAUCCAAAGGACAUCCCAGUCCACCUAGACCGGGGCGGGCGAGAACGAAUUCGUCAGAGCUAGGUAAUGAAGAAUCACCUUUCCCGCGCCAUCAUACGUCGAUGGAUGGACAUAUCGACAAUGCAGCCUUACUUGAAACUCCUAUGAGGAACCAAGUCCACUCGUUUCAUCACCGCAGCACUCAACAUCCGGUCGCUCUACAGGGCAUCUCUCAGCCCGAGGAAAGAAUCACCGGGUGAGUCUCCAAAUCCCCGGUAUAGAGUUGGCUUGAGUUGGUGACUAGAAGGCGCAGCAACGGUACUGGACAGACAACUGGAACUGAACAACCAAUUCUGGAGGCGAGCCCGCCCGC